CUAAAAACCGCCAAAAUUUAAAAUUAUAGAAGUAAAAAAUACGUACUUCGUGAAAAAAAUGAUAAGCUUUGCGCAGGAAAGGAAGGUAAAAACAUAUACCUGUGUUCUGUGACCUAGUCGUACAAAAACAUUAAUAAGUGUAUCAAAAGGAAACGUGGUUUCUACAGUUUUAUAAGACAAAAUUAUAAUCAUGAGUUGUAAUAACAGCAACCUUAGAGUUUCAAAAUGUUGCUCGGCUCGGUGUGCUCUUUCGCCUCAUAGCAAUUCAACAAUGGAACAAAAUUCAAAAUGUUGCUCGGCUCGGCGUGCUGUUUCACCUCAUAGCAAUUCAAUGAAAUCAAUGAUUUCUGCUGGACAAAAUUCAAAAUGUUGCUCGGCUCGGCGUGCUCUUUCGCCUCAUAGCAAUUCAACAAUGGAACCAUCGAUUUCUGCUGGACAAAAUUCAAAAUGUUGCUCGACUCGGCGUGCUCUUUCGCCUAAUAGCAUUUCAAUGAGAUCAACUAUUUCUGCUGGUAAAAACUCCAUAAUAUCUGGUAACUGCUGUAACUAUUCGAAAUCAACACAACAAAUGAUAAGAUCACCCCGUGCGGGACCAUGUAAUAGUUCAAACCAGGUUGAAUCUACGAUGUUUGAAAAUAGCAGAAGAAAUGUGUCAGGUCAACAAUAUGCAGUUGCAUGCCCACCCAGUACACAAAAGGUUCGGGUUGUGUAUAAAACAACUGUUUUUACUGAAUGUGGAGAAUAUGUUUAUCAAGGAUAAAAUGCUUUCAUGUGCCAAUUUUUUUAGUGUUAUUUUUAUAUGUAGAAUUGUGAUUUGACUAAAUUUUACAUUUAAUAUAAGUCAAUAUAUUUUACUUACCUUAUUUUUAUCUAUUAAACAAUUUUGAAUAAAG